AUGGAAAGCGAAAAGUUAUUGAUGGCAGCAGGCGUUACGGCGGCUGUCGUCGUUGGUGCGUUCGUGUUCUGGGGACCCUCCGGAUCGUCAAAACUGCGCCAACGUCGCGGCCAAAUAGCUGGGUUGCAUAAUUUCGGCAAAACCUGCUUCCUUAACACACUACUCCAGGCACUGGCCGCAUGCCCACAGUUCAUCGCCUGGCUGCAGCUGCACAACACCAAAGACAAAAAGAGCCUCGUCUCGUCAUUGCAGAAUGUGUUGGAGGUGGUGAAUGGAACGCAUCCCACGCUGCGUGGUGAUCCUUACGCGCCAGGCGCCGUCAUCCGUGCCCUGCACGCUCUCGGAUGGGUGAUUUCACCGGAAGAACACGACGCACACGAGCUGUUGCUGGUAAUGUUAAGCUCGUUGGAGGAGGAAGUCUCGAAACCACGCAAAAUCGGUUGCCUAUCGGAUGCGCUCGAGGGUGUAGGUGGUGAGCCGGAGUUCCGCGCGAUCCCAGCCCGACCAUCCAGCGCUAUGCUGUCGGAUUUCUGCAACGCCGAGUACGACGAGUCGACUAACCUGAUGCGUUACACACGCUCCGAAGCGCACACACCAGACUCACCACACUCGGUGUGCACGGAACACGACGAACAGUCCCAGGAAAGCUCGUUGGUUGAAUUUGGUGCAUCACCCACGCACGCCAUUAACGCGGCAUUCGCUGGAGUGGCCAGUAGGCCUCACGAGUCGGGAACGGUAGCAGAUCCGGCACACCAUUUCGUUGGCAAACGCCACUCGGCGUCAUACCGUUCACUCGAGAGGCUCAACCGCGGGCCAGGACGAGUGUCCGUGUGGGGUGACAAGCAGCAAGCCCAAAUCCCACACCCGUUCCGUGGUGGUAUGGGCAGCCAGCUAUGCUGUGGUGGCUGCGGUUACAAAUCCACUGUACGGUACGACAAAUUCGACAGCAUCACACUUCCACUCCCAGAAGCGGCCGCACCCGGGCUCGGUAUCGGCAAUCUGCUGUCGGAUUUCAUCCAACCGGAAACACUCGACGCAGUCCAGUGCGACUCGUGCCACCAGACGGUCACGCACACGAAGACACUCACGUUUAGCAAGCUGCCGGCCUGUCUUUGCAUUCACAUCGCCCGCACGACCUGGCAUGCUAGUGGCCGCGUGCACAAACGCCUCGAUAGCGUGCACUUUCCGGAGACACUCUCGAUGGCACCGUACAGCUUCGUGCAGCCGGGUUUGAACAGCAACAUCAGCACGCCUUGGGGCUCUACGACCUCACUGUACUCGGCCGGGCUGAUGAGCAUGGUGCAGAAUGAUCCCGGCGGGUUAGAUGCGAUGGGUGGCAGUGGCGGUGGUGCCGGAGAUACGCCCAGUUCGACGAGCUUUGGAUCGUACACGUUUGGCGCGAUGUUCCCGAGGAAUCUAUACCGUCUUCUCGCGGUUAUCGUGCACUCCGGCGAAGCCAACGCUGGUCAUUUCGUUACGUAUCGACGUGGCGCUUUGAGAAACUCCUACAAAUGGUACUAUACGUCGGAUACCGUGGUGCGAGAGGUGCCCAUCGAGGAGGUCCUUAACAGUUCCGCUUACAUGCUCUUCUACGAUCGCGGUUCAUCGUCCAAGUACGCUUAA